UUUCUGCUUGGCUUGUGUUGCGGUGUUCACUGCUCGGUUGGAAUUGGAAUUGAAUAAAUUAGUAUAAAAAGGGAUGAAAUGGACGGUUAUGUUUCGGUUUUAGUGUUACUAGUGAACUUUUCAAUAUCGUUAAUGCCAAAUAUAAUUGAAGUUUCAUAUAAAGUUUGAUCAUUUUACAUUAACCACUGUUCUGUUACUUAUAAAUAUGGGAGAUAAAGCACUAAUGAAGCAAAUUGCAGAGCAGAAGCUCAAAGCGUUUUCAGUCGGAACUAUGGGGAAACGUAGCAUGUCAAAGAAGGAAAUGGAGGAGCAAAGGAAAAAAGAGCAAGAAGAAGCGGCUGCUCAGGCAUUUGAAGAAUUUGUUGCAACGUUUCAAGAAGCUCCUAGUAAAACAUCUAAAGUGUGGGUAAAAGCUGGAACAUACGAUGCUGGAAAAAGGCAGGAGGAUACUAAAGAAAAAGGGAAACUCUAUAAGCCGCAAUCCCGUUUAUCAGAAUCGAUUGAAAAAAUGACUUCGGCAGAAAGAGCUCAAGAGUAUGCAAGAUUGUUGAGUGAUCGUAAACCUGACAGACCGGGAAAGCGGAAAGAACGGGAGAAAAAGAAGAGUAAUUUAGAGUUGUUUAAAGAAGAAUUAAAGCUAAUCCAAGAAGAGCGAGAAGAACGACACAAAUACAAAGGCGUUAUAAAGCAGAUGGAUGAUCCGGAAAGUGGUGUCAUCAUUGACGAAUCCAAAAUUGGUUCAUUUGACUGUGGUGACCCCACUACCACUAAUUUAUAUUUGGGAAACCUUCAUCCAAAGAUAACAGAACAGCAAUUGAUGGAAGUGUUUGGCAAGUAUGGUCCGUUAGCCAGCAUCAAGAUUAUGUGGCCUAGGUCAGACGAAGAGAAGGCAAGGGCUCGGAACUGUGGAUUUGUGGCCUUUAUGAACCGCAAGGAUGGAGAACGCGCGCUGCGAUAUCUCAAUGGCAAGGAUGUGAUGGGCUAUGAGAUGAAGUUGGGUUGGGGCAAAGGAGUGCCGAUCCCGCCACACCCGAUCUAUAUCCCGCCGGCAAUGUUGGAGUUGACAAUGCCCCCUCCACCUUCGGGUCUGCCGUUCAAUGCCCAGCCACUGCCCAGAGAUAGACAUAAGGUACCACGCAUGCGUUCCGAUGGCCCUUACCCAGUAGACCCUGAUGACAUGGAGAAGAUGGAGAAGAUUUUACCCCAGGCUCUCGUCAAAGUGGUUAUCCCGACAGAAAGGAAUCUGCUAAUGUUGAUCCACCACACCAUCGAGUUUGUCAUACGAGAGGGACCCAUGUUCGAGGCUAUGAUAAUGAACCGUGAACUCAACAACCCUAUGUUCAGGUAAAUAAGCUAUUAAUUUAAUUUUGUAAU